AUGAAUCCCGAGAGGAAGAGCAUCCAUAAUUACAAGUUUGUGGAACCUGCAUUGGUGGUGUUGAGAGGACUUGGGGCACGUUUAGACCUGACUCACAAAGACGCCUUCAAGGAAAUGUAUGGUAACCUGCUGGGAAUUAUGAACAUCGAGGUCAACGUCACCGCUGUGCACACCUUGGUACAGUUCUACGAUCCACCACUAAGGUGCUUUACUUUCCAAGACUAUCAGCUAGCGCCGACACUAGAAGAGUAUUCUCAUAUCUUAGGUAUCAGGAUAAAGAACCAAGUGCCCUACAUCUGCACUAAGGAACUUCCUGAAUAUCGAGAACUUGCUGAAGCUCUGCACAUGGGAAAGAAGGAGAUAAAAUUAAACCUGAAACCAAAAGGUGGAAUCCAUGGCUUCACCUCUAAAUUUCUCGUAGACAAAGCUAUCACUUUCGCUGAAGCUGGAAGCUGGACGACCUUUAACGCCCAUCUAGCUUUACUCAUCUAUGGGAUUGUCUUGUUUCCGAAUAUGGAAGAGUUCGUAGACUUGGCUGCUAUUCAGAUCUUCUUGACUCAGAACCCGAUUCCCACUCUUCUUGCUGAUACUUACUAUUCCAUUCACGUAAGGACCCAGAAGAAGAAAGGGAUUAUCGUCUGUUGCACCCCUUUACUGUAUAGAUGGUUUAUUUUGCAUCUACCCAAUGAAGGUCCUUUCAUUGAGAACAAAUAUAAUCUGAAGUGGUCCCAGAGGAUCAUGUCUUUAAAAGCCGAAGACAUUCCUUGGUAUUCUCGAGUGUACGAUGGUGUCAAGCUCAUCCUAAAUUGUGGAGAUUUUCAUAAUGUACCUCUUCUUGGUACAAAAGAAGGAAUCAACUACAACCUGAGGUUAUCAUUACGACAACUUGGAUAUCCUAUGAUGGACAAACCUGAUCUCGAAAGUGUAGAAGGUUUUGUUUUGUACGAAGGAGUCGAAGAGCCAGAGUUGAUAAAGAAGAUUGUCAAAGCUUGGGGGUCGAUUCGUCCUCAAGGAAGAGCAGAGAUGGGUAAGAAGAAUUCUAUCGCCAAGGAAGCUUACACCAGUUGGGUCAAAAGCAGAGUCUGUGAGGUCUUAUUGCCGUUCCCGCCUGAACCAUCCAUGAACCUCCAAUCUUUGGAGCUAGAGAACCAGCCUAAUUCUGAGAUGGAUGAACUGAAGAAGGUUAUCAAGACUCUAGAGAAGGAGAAUGUCGAUCUCAAAUCUAAGCUUGCUAAGAUUUCAUUGGAGAAAGAGACUUUGAAGUUCAAUUUGAAUCAGAAGAGGGACCGAGUUCGCCAAGCAGAUGAUGAGGUACAAACCGAGGUUUUCAAAAGACUCAAAGUGGGUGACACCCUCAAAGGGACUUAUGCCAGUCUGACGACCAAAAAGAAGCAGUUAGCCGAAGCCCAAUACUGA